UACCUCAAAAGUUGUCGACGAACCUACCUAACAAUGAAACCCCGACAAAAUUGAAAAGAGAAAAAUAAAUUGAAGAAGAGAGAUGGAUAAAGAAAUGAAGGAAAGAAGAUCAAGUUUCUAACUCUCUUGUUUUCUUUAGAUUAAUCUAUUCAACCAGUCAUCUUCUUCCAAUUCGAGGAUCAGAUACGUAGACUCAGAGAAAAAGAUUGCGGAGAAAUUAAGCUUCAUCGACGAGAUCGUUUAUUGCUUGAAUGGAGAGCGAGAAAGAUGAUGAUUUCACAUUUUGCCAGGUCAGUGCACCCAUUAAUCAGAAUGGUUUUGAUGAACAAACUGUGGUUCCGGGCAUAAGCAACAUUAGUAUCAAUGAGAAAUCUUCGAGUAGUAAUAGUGGUGAACAAAUCGAUUUAUGGAACAAUCGAAAUCCUCGUAUUUCUACCAUAGUGGAGGAUAAAGUUGGAUCAUUGUCUUUUAAUGUCAUUAGCACAGCUCCAGAGCAGUCUAGUAAUGCACCACAACAAGCUGGGAAUUCGUUUAAGGAUCCAGCAAAAGUGAAACCUGUGGCCAAGAAGCCGGUUGCUCGGGCCAAGGUUCCUUUUGAGAAGGGCUAUAGUCAAAUGGAUUGGAUAAAGCUUACUCGUACGCAUCCUGAUCUUGCAGGAUUGAAUGGUCAGUCAAAUAAGAGGCUUAUAUCUAUGAGUGAAGUUAAACAACAUCAAACAGAAGGCACCAUGUGGACGGUUCUGAAUGGACGUGUAUAUAACAUUGCUCCGUAUAUGAAAUUCCACCCUGGAGGUGAUGAUAUGCUAAUGAAAGCUGUCGGAAAAGACUGCACAUCGUUAUUCAAUAAAUACCAUGCUUGGGUCAAUGCAGAUUUCUUACUUGAUAAGUGUUUGGUGGGUAUUUUGGAUGUGAGCAGUGGAGGAAAGUAAUUGUGCGGUCAAGUUACAAGCAAGCAUUGAUUCAAGAGUUUCUACUGUGGGUAGGUAAUGGACAAUGGUAUCUCCUAGCUGCUGGGGCUUCAACUUUCAAGGAGCAACUCUAUCUGAUGCUUAAGCAAGGAGAAUUCGACAUACAUGGUUCAUAUCUUUGACUCAGGAACCAGAUUAUCUGUAUUAAUAUUUGUUGCUUCAGAAUUAGAAGGAAAUUUUCCUGCCAUAUCUACCUUAUAAACUUAGGAAACACAUGCUCAUUUUGCACUCCCAACAGCUUUCAUGAUAGGUUGUGUACGCAAAGAGAAUAGUACUUCCUCCGUUUCAGGAUAGAGAUAGGGAGAGAUGGAAAGAUGCUCAUGUGAUGAGGAGAGAAAUAUAGAGACUAUAUGCCAAGAAAGGUAUGUUAGCAACUAUUUUCAAAACAUCUGAAUUGAGAUAGUGUAGCAAUUAGACAAAAACAGAGGAAGUAUAUUAUUGCCUUCGCUACUACAAACUCAGGUGAUGCUCACUGCGGCAGAGCAAUAAAAGUUGUCUAUUGGUAGACCACUGUCUUGCUUAAAUUACAAUCGACAAUGCACCAAAACUCUUGCCUACAACUAGAAUAAAACCAUCACAUAAGGCAUAGUAUUCAACUACUUCAGAAGUUGUACAUGAGUGGCAGCAGUGGGUAACAAUACCAUGAUCUAAUAAGUUCAGAAAACCCUGACUUCGUCGAGAACUGGGCCACAAA